CAGUUGUAGAGCCGUUAUGUUGCGGCGGUUCGGCAGCCCAGAGGUGUUGGAGUUCGUAGACAAGCCCUUGCCUCAUCUUAAGGAUGAUGAGGUCCUCGUUCGCACUCGCGCUGUGUCCAUCAAUCCAAUUGAUUUUGCAAUGCGUUCUGGCACUGGUUAUGGCUACUCCGUAUUUAAACGACUUCUACCUCUCAUUUUGGGUCGCGAUAUCAGUGGAGAGGUUGUAGCAGUUGGAGCUUCAGUACAAUCUUUUACUGUAGGUGAAGAAGUUUUUGGUGCUUUGCAUCCCAGCGUUCGUAGGGGUACCUAUACUGACUAUGCAAUAGUGUCGGAAUUUCAUCUUACUCAAAAACCGAAGUCAAUUACACAUGAGGAAGCGUCAGCCAUCCCUUUUGCUGCACUGACUGCAUGGAGAGCUUUAAAAGAGACUGCUAAGAUACGUGAAGGGGAAAGGGUGCUAGUUAUUGGUGGUGGUGGAGCUGUAGGUUUUGCAGCAAUUCAACUUGCAGUAGCUCAUGGAUGCCAAGUUGUAACCUUUUGUAGCAGUCAAAGCAUUGAUCGGGCUUUGGCAGCUGGCGCUGAGCAGGCUGUUGACUACAUAGCUGAGAACAUCAAAUUGGCAAUAAAAGGGGAGUUUGAUGCGGUUUUGGAUACUAUAGGUGGACUAAAGACCGAGAGGAUAGGCAUUAAUUUUUUAAAAAGAGGUGGACAUUAUGUCACUUUGCAGGCGGAUGCAAGAUCAACGGUUUUUGAUAUUCUUAUGGUCCCUGGGGUUUCGGAUUUGUUUGGGAUGAAAAACUUUAACUACUACUGCUAUUAUGGAAUAGAUUAUUCCUAUGCAUUCAUGGAGUCCAACUGCUUUGGGUUGGAGGAGAUCCGCGAUCUAUCUGAAGCCGGGAGGUUGUAUAUACCUGUUGAUAGAACAUUCCCAAUUGCACAAGUGAAGGAAGCACACGAGGCUAAAGAGAAAAGGAAAAUUCUCGGUAAAGUGGUGCUGGAAUUCAGUUGAAUCGUGAAGAAGCAAAUGUUUUUGGCCCUCCACAACAAUAACCAGGAAUUUGUUUGAUUCAUAAUAUUUAUUCACCUUGGAACCUAUGAGCAUGCGAGCACAUUCUUUUCAGAAUGUGUUGAUAAAACAUCUCGUCUCUCCUUUGUGAAGAAUGAAUACUUGCAUAUGUGGAUGCGUCGUAUGUUCUGUUGGAUCGUGAAGGGUAUAAAUUCGCUGACUUUUGAUUGUCGAU